CAAGAGCUACCGUUUCCCAAAUCACCUCCAAUCAGGAAGCCAUGGCUUCCAACAAUGAUAGUAACCUCAUGCCCAUUACAGGACACAAACUGAAUGGGAACAACUAUCUCCAAUGGUCCCAUUCCGUAAUGAUGUUCAUAUGCGGAAAGGGCAAAGAUGAUUAUCUCACCAGAGAUGCUGCCAAACCAAACAAGACGGAUGAAAAGUUCAAAGUCUGGAAUGCCGAGAAUAAUAUGGUCAUGUCAUGGCUCAUUAAUUCCAUGACAAAUGACAUUGGAGAAAACUUUCUUCUCUAUGGAACAGCAAAGGAGAUUUGGGAUGCUGCCAGGGAAAUAUAUUCUAACAAUGAGAAUACAUCGGAAUUAUUCGAGGUGGAAAGUGUUCUUCAUGACUUCCGCCAAGGAGAAUUAACAGUGACUCAAUACUUCAACACUCUCAAUCGGUAUUGGCAGCAGCUAGACUUAUUCGAGGAGCACAAUUGGAGCUAUCCGAAUGAUGGAAUCAGGUAUAGACAAAUAAUUGAACGGAAAAGAAUAUACAAAUUUUUGAUUGGAUUAAAUAAGAACCUUGAUGAAGUACGAGAAAGAAUUUUAGGAUCCAAACCACUACCAAAUAUCCGAGAAGCUUUUUCAGAAGUUCGGAGAGAGGAAAGUCGAAAAAAGAUCAUGAUGGGAUCUCAAGAUUCUGUGACAAAUCCUGAGAGUUCAGCACUUGUGGUGAGAGGGAAUCCAUCCAACAACAACAACAAUCACAGACCAAAGAAAGGGCGACCAUGGUGUGAUCAUUGUCGACGUCCUGGUCACACCAAGGACAACUGCUGGAAGAUUCAUGGCAAACCAGCAGAUUGGAGGCCUUCCCGGUUUGCCAAUGACAAAGAAGGACGAGGCAACCUUGCUUCCAUGGAUGAACAACCUCCACCCGAACCAACUCCCUUCAGCAAGGAACAGAUAGAGAUCUUGCAGAAAAUGUUCAGCCAAUCCUUGCCUGCACCAGCUCCCAUUGUAGUUGGUACCGGAUCCCUGGCACAAAAAGGUCUUGGCCUCGGGGAAGACGAUUGGCAGUGCUAAGAUGUGUUCGGGGCUCUAUCUUCUAGAGGUUAAUGAUCCUCAAGGAGCAAUUCAUCAAUCAGAUUGUUCAGUGUCCAGUAGUCCUGUUUCUUUGUCUGUGAGUCAGUCUAAUAAUGAUAGUGCAAUUAUGUUAUGGCACUAUAGGUUAGGUCAUCCAAAUUUCUUGUAUCUUGAGAAGUUGUUUCCUUCAUUAUUCCAUAGUAAAAAUCCAAAUGAAUUUCAAUGUGAGAUCUGUCAAUUCUCUAAACAUAUUUGCAAUUCUUAUCCUAACAGAUCCUACAAAGCAUCUCAACCUUUUUCCAUGAUUCAUAGUGAUAUAUGGGGCCCUUCUAGGAUAAAAAAUGUUACUGGUUCUCGCUGGUUCAUUUCAUUUAUUGAUGAUCACACUAGACUCACAUGGGUUUUCCUCAUGAAAGAAAAAUCUGAGGCAAACCAGAUCUUCAAAACCUUCAAUACCAUGAUCCAAACACAAUUCCAAGCAAAAAUUCAAAUUCUGAAAACUGACAAUGCCAAAGAGUAUUUCAAUUCCAGCCUUAAUGAUUAUCUCAUGAGUCAUGGUAUUGUUCACCAAAGUUCCUGUGUUAACACUCCUCAGCAAAAUGGUAUUGCCGAAAGA